AUGUAUCGUAAUGAUACCCUUCAAUUAGGAGGCGAUUCAAUAUGGGGUAGAAUCACGCUACUACUUAGUUCAUUGAUAGGUCGACCAUGUACGGGUUUGGAACGUGCUCAGUUCUACGAGGUGCUACUGUUGAAGUCACUUGAAAAACAAGAAGAGGAAAUUCCUCUUCAGUCUAUGAUUGAUCAGGCUGUAGUUUUACUUAGCAAAGAAGAUGAUGGUUAUCAAGCUAAGAAAUUUAUUUCGCUCAUAGGUAAACUUCGCGAGACAGCCGAUUCAAGUGAAGAGAUAAUACGUUUCUUAUUACUUCUAUCAAGGAUUGGUAAUAAUUAUGGUGAUAAGAAUGAAAGCAAUACUCUACCUUAUUGUUCCGGAUCCGAAAUCCUCAAUAUUUGGAAACAAACUGUAAAUAACCACUUGCCAAUUUCGAAGAAUUAUUCAGUUACCUCGACAAAACCAUUUAUUGAUCGUACAAAUGAACAAUUGGUUACCUGCCAGUCCCAUUACAAACAUAAGAAAGAGGUCGUGGAUCAGUAUCAACUACGUAUCAGCAAAGAAAAAACAGCACAAAUUGAUACAAUCCGUUCGAGAAGUUCUGAAAGUUAUGAAAAAAUUCGACGUAUGAUUGUCGAUGAAAGAGGACGUAUACAUCCGCGUGCAUGUGAUCCUGAAUUGCGCAGCUUAUGUAAUCUAAGCAUUGGAGAUGUGUUUUUUAGAAUUUCAUGGCGUGAAUAUCUCAGAUGUUUAUUACAUAUGUUGAUGGGUGAAGAAUCAUUUUUGUUUUGCAGAAGUGCUAAUGGUUUUUUUAGUAUUUCUGAAGAAAACAAGAUAUUUUUGGAAUUAGAAGAUGUCAAUUUGUUACCACGACUUGCACUACCAUUUCUCAACUUUGCUAACAGGUUGUUUUCUUUGGAACAAUUCCUUCGAAAUUCCGAUUCUGUAAAAGAUUUCUCGAUGUUAAAUUACAAAAUCCGGGAAGGUACAGCAACGAGAGCAUUAUUGAGUUUGAAGUUAUGUGUCACUGAACAACUGUGGAAGUUUCGUGAUGAAGUUAGACACUAUGUUGAUAGCAAAAAAGAAUGUGAUAGCGAAAGUAUUAGAAGAUUAUUGCGGGAACUUCUCGAUAUGUGCAAUGUUUUCAACUAUUUCGUUGAUAUAAUCCUUUACAUACAAAUUACUGGUGUACAAAAUGUAAAUACGUUGUUGGAUAUUUUUUAUAUUGUGAAAAUUACGAAAGGACGAAAACUUCCAGUUAUUAGAGAAUUUUGUGAUGAUGUCAUUGUGGUCCUUCUUCGAUAUUAUGCUGAAUGUAUUUUGUUUUGGUUGAUGAAAGGCGAGGCGAAUCCAUGUGAUGGUGUUUUUUCUUUUUCAGAAAAGAAUACUGAAAUAUUACAGUGGGCAGUUGCUGGAAUAAAUGGAUCUAUUAAUCUAGAAGCGUCAUUGAUUAUCACCAAAAAUUUUGUUGAUGUAUGGUUAUUUGAGGGAAAAUUCCGAAAAAUAAUAUUGGCUUGGCCAAAUCUGGAACAAAUGAUACCUGAGGAAUCGAACUGUUUAACUAUUAAUAAAUUGAUGGUUGAACUAUCGGAAGAAAAAAUUCGGAAAGCGCUGAGCUCAGAUUUAUUGGGUGCAGUGGGAUCACUUUUGGACUUCUACUUCCAAAAAAUUUAUCUUUCUCAAUGCGCUACAUUUGCACGGUGUUGUAUAAUCGAUGAUUUUAAACAAACGCUGAAGCUUCUUCAAGAUGUUUAUUUAUGCAACGAUGAAUGUAUAACAGAAAUUUUCAUCAGCAUUUUGCUAAACAAAGAAGAUGGUUCGGAGUUGAAUUCUACAUCAGGGAGUUAUCAGAAUUGUCAAUUAGACGAAAUGGUUAAUUAUCUUUUAGCCAAAAAUUAUUCUUCAAAUCUUGUACAAGGAUUUCUAGAAGCAAAAAAUUCAUUCGAUGAAAAAGAUGCCAUGAAAUUGCAUUAUAAACCACCAUUUCCAUUAAAUGUUAUUUUUGCUCCAUCAGUUCUAGUGGAUUACUUGCGUAUUCGAACUUUAUUACUGCGAAUCACAGUGGAAUGCACAGCUUUAGAGGAAAUGAUGGUCCAGAAAGUUCGUAUUUAUAGUAUUGCUCUAAUGCAAAUGCGAAUGUGGAAUUUUGUUCGAGCAAUGCGUUGUUUCUUUCAUGAUCAAAUAAGAUACAUAGUUGUGAACGAAUUUCAGAAAGAUUUGGACGGGAUAAAGACAAUUGCAGAAGCUUCUCAAUUACAUCAGGAACUUGUAAAAAAAUUAUACCGGCGUUGUCUUUUGGGUCAGAAGCAUGUGAUGCUAUGGAAUGUUCUAGAUGAUUGUUUGGCAUUGAUUACCAAGUAUCGUCAUAGUGCGAAAUCGUUUAAUAUAUUGACAUUGUUUAAAAUUUUCGAUGAUUUUCACAAUAAUGUGGAUUUAUUUUGCAAUGCAGUGAAAAUGACAUCAGUUGGUGCGAAUUACUGGCUUUCUGAUUUAUUACUGUUAACCGAUUUUACCAGCAUCUACAUUGAUUUUCAUGAGAGUAGCUAA